AUUCACGCCUUGCUGUUGCAGCAAUGGUUAGACUCAUUAAGCUAUGUGAUCUCUGUCAGUGCAGGGCAGGGCAGUGAUUGUAAAAGAGUCCACUGAGCGAGUAUCAAGUGAACAUGAGUCGAUGUACUUUAUAAUAAUUAAAGGAAAAAAACGGUGUAUCUGGUUUCCUGAUCCUCCGCUUGGCUUCUACUAAUCUCCUGCGUGCUCCCUUCUGGUUCUCCUGCCUCACUGAUCGCUCAUCCAGUUUUUGAUCUACUGCUUCAUCGACGAAUCCCCCGGCCUGCUCCCUCACGACCUCACCGCUCGACCACGACGAUCCUCCUGCCUGCUCCCCGACGGUACCGUUGUUUCUUCGGACUGUUUUCCCAGCAACGGAUCUUCUGCCUGCCCCCGACCAAUCCUCAGCGCAAUCCCCGACAACAUUCCCACACGUGUUGUCGGCUCGUCGAGCUACGGGGUUUCCUGCUCUCCAGCCACAGUAGGUUCAAGCUUCGUGUCUUCUCUUCGAGGGAUUCCCAGAGACAUUGUUUGGGCCACCCACCUGAAGAACGAACUGAAUAUCUUUCUUAGACAUGGAUUAUUUUGUUCGUGACAGAUUAAUUGAAUGGAAUCUCAGCAACUUUAUAUAAACACAUUUCAAGAGCAAGAAAUUGAUGAGGAAAGUUUUUACUGUCUUAAUGAUCAAGAAAUUGAAAAAAUGAUCCCAAAAGCGGGACCCAGGACAAAAUUCAAGGAGAGACUCAGGUUGUUAAAGAAACAAAAUAUAAGAAAUCCAGACACAGGUGAUUCUUUCGCUCAAUGUCAACAGGAGCACGAAGAAGCAGUUUUAUCUGUUCAGGAUUGUCCUUCCACAAGUGGCACUAGUGAUAGAGGAAAGAGAAGGCUGGAUCUUCAGGAUGAGUCCAGCAAACGGCAAUCACCAUCAGUGAAACGGCGACGCGACCUUUCAGUGGGACUCCGCUCAGAAAAUGCUAUGUUCUCCUCGUCAGAAAAAAUACUGUCUGAUGUGAAAAGCAUCAUGAGCCGUGUCAGUGAGAGUCUACCUGACCAAGGCAACAAAGAACUCAAGGAGUUCUUGGAGAAAAAAAUCCGGGAUUUGGAGACAGACCGAAAGGAGUUGGUGGGUGUCUUUGGUAAAACUGGGGCUGGAAAGAGCUCUUUGAUAAAUGCCAUCAUUGGAGAGAAGAAUCUGUUGCCCUCUGGAAUUGGGAGUGCAUGCACCUCAGUCAUUAUUAAAGUGGAGGCUAACAUGCAAAACAUGAACUACGAGGCAGACAUUGAGUUCAUUGCAAAAGAGGACUGGAAAGAGGAGUUGUGGACCUUGUCGAAUUUCCUUGGGAAUAAUGCACAUCAGGAAAAUGAUCAGGAAUGUGACAAAGACUACCGUGAUGCCAUUAAAAAGAUGUCAGCACUGUAUGGAGAAGAAUGGAGAAAUAAAUCCACUGAUGAUCUCAUGGAUCCCAAAUAUUUCAAAGGAAUUACAGAAUUUCUCGAUCCCAAGAGAGGAAGAAAGCUUUUAAAAUAUCUAACAAUUGGAAAGCUAUCUUCAGAACUGGUCAAAUUCACAAGAACUGAUAGAAAUUCGAAGAAGAGUUUUUGGCCACUAGUGAAGUGUGUGACAGUGAGGGUGCCCAAUAUACCUCUUCUCCACCAUGUCACACUUGUGGAUCUUCCUGGAAAUGGGGACCAUAACAAGACAAGAGAUAAUAUGUGGAAACAGGUUGUUGGAUGUUGUUCUACGGUGUGGAUUGUGACAGAAAUUAAUCGAGCAGCAUCAGAGGCAGAAGCCUGGGAGAUCCUGGAAAAUGCCAGUAGCCACAUGGGAAAUGGUGGCGAGUGUCAGCACAUUCACUUUAUUUGCACCAAGUCUGAUCUUGUUAAAGAGUCGGAGCAAUCAGCAGCUGAUGUUUGUACUCAAACCAAAACAGAUGUGAAAGAGGAGUUUGACACAAGACCAAAGAUCAAGAAACAUUUCAGUGGUAAAUGUUUAGAGGUGUUAACAGUGAGCUCUGAAGAGUUUCUCUCUCAACAAGUGAAACCUCUAGACCCUCAAAUCAAUGAAAUACACAGACUUCUGGCAUUUCUGCAGGAUCUAAAUGACUGUCACUCAGAGACAUUAAACUAUGUGUCUGGAGCUCAUGGGAUUCUCUCACUGAUACAAGGGGCCAGAAGAAGAGAAUGGAAUGGCAACAAAACAGAUGUUUCCACAGCCCUUGAAAAAAAAAUGAGGAAUGGACUUCAGAAAGUCAAAGAAAUCAUGAAAAAGACAUAUGAGGCCUUUGAAAAAUGCCUCAAUAAGGGGGUUGAGGAAUCGAAAAGUUCAUGUGAAAAAGUCUUGGAGUCGGUCUUAUAUCCUGAAGCGCAGGAUGGGACUAAGAAAUCUGGUCGAGGUUUUUGCAAGAUAUUAAAGUGUGCAGUUAAGAACGGCGGCACCUACAUCUCAAAAGCAGGAACAACAGUUCGCCUCAAUAUGAACUUAGCUUCAUGCCUGACUGACAGCAUUGAUGAGGAAUUCAGGAAGACCUUUCCAAAUGACAGAAACAGUGGACCAUUCAAGGGAGUCAUCAGUUCCUUCUCACUUGGCACAGAGACGAUGAUGAGAGAGGGGAAGUACAAAGAUGUUGAACUGCAACUGAUAUUUCUCAAGACAGAGGAAGACAAAAUUAAGACAAAACUCAAUAAAAUCAUCCGGGAAGAAAAGAAAAAGGUCUACAGCAGUCUGACAACAACAAUCGAAGAAAACAUGCAAGAAUGCUAUGACAAUGCAGCACAGAUUGACGGAGAUGGCAUGCUGAAAAACAUGAGGGAGACUAUUGAGGUGCAUGUUCAUGACUCAAAGGACAUCAUGUUUCAGCGGGCUAAAAAUAACAUGUUGGACCAGCUGAGAAACUUGAUGGGGAAAAUCGUGGAUGAACUGAUUAAAACGAUGCAGGAAUCAAUCGAGCUGUCACUCAAGGCAGAUGAUGACUCUUUCCCAGAUGUUUCAGCUGAGCUUGUGAAGGUGACGAAAUACUACGACGAACUGAAACCCAAAUAAAGAACCAUCACUAAUUUGGUUUGCUCAGUGGAGAGAAGCACGGUGAUUAGAGACAACAAAGUCCUGCAGUUGGAUUUUUUAUUUUCCCAGUACUUUUUAUGGUUUUAUUAUGGUUUUAUGUCCUUACUUUUUCUUGAUUCAA